AUGCGAGCGUGGUCACGACCGCUGAGGUGCCUACAGGUCUUGCGGCGCCCGGCCACCUUCUGGGCACAGCACAACCUGCGCCCGCCCAGGGUGGGCGAGACCUGGGAGUCCUUCCUGCCGCCCUGUGCGCUGAAGCCGGCGUGCAUCACCUGGCAUCUCCAUCGCCAGGAGAUCAUGGACAGCAACGCCUUGUAUCCCCUCGAGUCGCUUUGGGUGCAUCAGGGCAAGCUGCGGUGCCGCCUGGUGGCCUACGUGCAGGGCGGGUGCUUCCACCUGCGCCUGAGUCCCUCCUGCGAGGCUGGCAGCGUCGUGCAAGAGAUGGAGCUGCAAGCAAUGCUGAAUCUCUUCGGCCUGACGGAACAGCCGCUUAGCACCUUCAUUACCGAGGAUAACUUUCAUCACAAGGGCGUGGCAGUGGAGCUGGAGGACCUCACCGGGCUGCUCCGCGCGGAGCUGCGGCUCCGGAAGUUCGCGGCGGUGCUGAGGAGCGAUAUGGCUCACCUGGACGCGGCCGGGGGCCACGAAAGCUCUCGCUUGGAUCUGGUGCUGGCACCCCCGCAGCCCUUCAAGAUCGAAGGCACUCAGACCCUUAUUGGCAAGUGA